AUGCGACCCAUCCCAUCCAGACUCAGCUAUCUGUUUCUACACUUAUUUGCAUUUUGCUACUAUGCUCAGGUAACCAAUCAGUCCCCGCCUAAUUUCACGCAGCAUGUAAGCGAGCAGAGCAAAGUGACGGACCGCGUGAGCCGCAGGUUGAUCCGGAUAUACCAGCUGUACAGCCGGACCAGCGGCAAGCAUGUGCAGGUCCUGCCCAACAAGAAGAUCAACGCCAUGGCAGAUGAUGGGGAUGUACACGCUAAACUCAUCGUGGAAACGGACACAUUUGGGAGCCGAGUGCGCAUCAAGGGAGCUGAGACGGGUUUCUACAUCUGCAUGAACAAGAGGGGGAAGCUCAUUGGCAAGAAAAACGGACAAGGCCGUGACUGUAUCUUUACUGAGAUCGUUCUGGAGAACAACUACACAGCGCUGAGGAACGCACGCUACGAGGGCUGGUACAUGGCCUUCACCCGCCGCGGGCGGCCGCGGAAAGGCUCGCGAACGCGCCAGCACCAGCGCGAGGUCCAUUUCAUGAAGAGGCUGCCGAAGGGGCAGCAGCCCGCCCACCCGAGCCACCACCGCCCUUUUGACUUCAUCCACUACCCCUUCAGUCAAAGGACUAAACGUACACGAUAUUCAUCAGAGCGCUGA